CACGUCCGGGAUCUGGAGCCACCUUGAUACGGAAGUGUACCAUUAAAAAAAAAUACACCUUAAAAACAAAUCGGGUUGAAGGCAACCUUUACGCAUCUAGAUUACUUCGUUUUUGGUACCUCGCUCAUCGGUCAUCGAGUUAGACCACAUCUGCUUCAAGAUGGACUUCCUUUUCGGGUCAAGAAAGACCCCAGAGCAGAUGCUGAAACAGAAUCAAAGGGCACUAAAUAGAGCGAUGAGAGAUCUGGACAAAGAACGUCAAAAGCUGGAGCAGCAAGAGAAGAAAAUCAUUGCUGACAUUAAGAAAAUGGCCAAACAGGGACAAAUGGAUGCCGUCAAGAUAAUGGCUAAGGACUUGGUUCGCACACGGCGCUAUGUCAAGAAGUUCAUAAUGAUGAAAGCCAACAUCCAGGCCGUCAGUCUCAAGAUUCAGACACUCAAGUCUAACAACAGUAUGGCGAUGGCGAUGAAGGGUGUCACAAAAGCCAUGGCCACCAUGAACCGCCAGCUCAAACUGCCUCAGAUCCAGAAGAUAAUGAUGGACUUUGAGCGACAGAGUGAAAUCAUGGAAAUGAAAGAGGAAAUGAUGAACGAUGCGAUAGAUGACGCGAUGGGUGAUGAGGAUGACGAAGACGAGAGUGACGCCAUCGUGUCCCAAGUGUUGGACGAACUGGGUCUCAAUCUGUCAGACGAACUUUCAAGUCUGCCCUCUACGGGAGGGAGCCUCUCAGUGGCCGGCGGGAAGAAGGUGGAGCCCCAGGCGGCCCUGGCCGAUGCAGACGCAGACCUGGAGGAGAGGCUCAACAACCUGCGGAGAGAUUAAACACGGGGAACCUGUCAAUUAACGAGCACUUUGGUUCCUGGUUUUUAACAACACACAACAAAGGCUAGUGUUAGUAAAUGGUAAAAUGUAUAAUAAAAAAAAAAGAAGGUAUAUGGCUUUUUGUGGCGGCAGAUUUACAUUGUGUGACGUGUAUCUUUUAUCAACACACAAUGUGGUAAUUUCUGAAGGAAAAAUAUUGCGCGUGUGCGUGUGAACACUAGCUUCCAUUUGCAUGACUUCUUUUGACCAUUUUAUUAACACUAUCUGGAAACCCAAAGUUGAGAGUAGGUAAUGCUGCAUCAGUUACCAUUUGAUAAGUUUCACAUACUGCACAAUUUGUACCUCAGACUAGUUUCCAUGAAUCAUUGUUGAAUAGUAUAUGUAACAGUGUAUUGUUGGUCUAUCUCCUUUUUGUAUUUUUUAUUUAGCCUUUUAUGCUUUUCAUAGCAGCACAAAUUUGGACCGGGACAGACAUAGGUGAGGAUGGUACAGCAAAUGUUUAGCAGAAGAAAUUUAAUCAGCCUUGGGGUUUUCUUAAUAAAUGGCUAAUCAAACAUA